CUCAAAAGUCACACGUGCAACACUCAGCUGGCUGGUGACAGACAAGGCGUAGCUCGUGCUGCACCGCGAGAGAGUCAGGCGUCAGGAGUGCAAGCAUCAACCUCCCAACAAGAUCUUGCUCACGUCGCUUUCGGAAGCCAUUGAGAAGAGCGAUCCGUCAUCCACACUGAAGCUUGAAUGUCUUGAAGCAUCCUUUCCUACAAGACCUGAGCGCCAUCUCCUCUACGCCAGAAUGCGCUCCAAAGGCAACGCAGCGGCGCUGCACCGCAACACCUCUGGUCUGAUCCUCUUUGAUCUGUCAGUCUCCAAAGGAAGUAACAAGCACUUCUCUCCCCAUACAACCAAUUCUGUGCUCGAUCUCAAGCUCCUGAAUGCCAGAUAUGAACGGCAAGGACUGACGUUUGUGCAGAUCAGGAAAGGGUCCGCGCAUAAAGUCGCGAAGAAUUUCACUGUACCGACGCUGGAACUCUCCGAUCGAAGCCAAUCAUCCCAGGCCCAUCUCAACUAUUUUGGCAUAUCUGCUGGUAGCAAUAUCGCAGCAUUCGUCAAUGGCUACAUUGCCAAUUUGAUUCCACACAGCGCUUCACUCUUCAUAUCAGGUGUCUACGCAGCUCAUCAUGCCGACUCUAAAGAAUACCUUGAACACAGAAAGAUCGGUACCGCGACACCCGCCAAAGUCUGGAGUACACACGGCGAAGACAAGAAGACCCACAUCCAGCAAUUUAAUUCGUUCCUUAGACCCGUCGAGGCCAUGCUCGAGACUGAGCCUGCCCUGGCGGAGGACGGAAGUGAUGCUGCUGCAAAGCAAGGGCCCAGAGGACUCGCAGGCAUACCUCAUUCGACCCAUGUGGACUUUUGCCUUUUUGGCGCCUACGCCAUCUCGUGCACAGCACGGGCGUCUGUCAGCGAUGACCUGUGGUCGGCACCCGCGCCUGCAAAAUGGGUCAGCGGCCUGCACGAAUGUGGUCCGGAUCUAAUCCAGGACCUUUUCUGCUAG